AUGUCUCUCCCCACUGAGCUCAUCACCCCCGCGCUCGAUAAAUGGUUUGGUGCGGUUUUUAUUGGAACGAUUGUAGGCUCCGUGGUGUAUGGCUUGACGAGCCAUCAGACGUAUCGAUACUUCCGGCUCUACCCUACCGAUCGUCGCACCUUCAAAUUCAUGGUUUCCCUUCUUUGGUGGGCUUUGCUUUGGGAAGUUUUGAGAAUUGGGCUCUUAUGGGACCCAGGGCUGUGGACACUUUUCACACCGUUCUCUCGGCGCACGUUUGGUGGGUUCUCAGUCCUCAGUGCCGUGAACUGCUUCGACGCGUUUAUCCCUCGCAGCUAUUACUACCUCGUCACCAACUACUGUUCACCGGAGACCUUGCUGAACGGCGUUUGGUCUCUGCGACUCACAGUCAUUACCACGGGCGUUGUGAUUGCGAUCACCCAUGCUUUUUUCAUACGGAGGAUAUUCCUCAUCGGAAAUCGCAACUUCUGUUUAGCCAUUUUCCUGACGCUUUUACUGUUUGUUGAGAUGGGCUUCUGCACGGCUGCUACUGUGGCGACAUUCAAGGCCGUGACGUUUAGACAAUACAUUGAGCGGUUCAGGUGGAUCAUUCCUUCUUCGCUGGGUACCGCGGUAGUAAUCGACACCGCCACUACCGGGAGCUUGAUCUACUACCUACACAAAUGCCGGACUGGGUUCAAAAGGACGGACUCUAUGGUCGACAUUCUGAUGGUGUACACGAUCAACACGGGGCUUCUCACUGGUAUCCUGAAUCUAGUGUCAACGUUGACGGCAAUCUUCUCGCCUGCCACCUUGAUAUACUAUGCCAUCAACAUCGUGGCUUGCAAAAUGUACUCCAACUCGUUGCUCGCAGUCCUCAACUCAAGACGGUCGAUCCUCGACCGCGGCCUCGAAGGACUCGAGACGGGCUCCUUCGGGCUCAAGGUGCCUGGACAUGGCGAGCGCGACUCGAAGCUGCCGCCUGCUCUGCACCCGUCUCCACCGGGACAUCGGAAUGUCAUCGACGUCCGAGUCACCACGGAGAUGCGCUUUGAAGUCGAGAAGGACGACGGCGAGCUCUCGCUGUCGUCGAUGGCGCCGCGGGAGGGGGACCGCAAGCUCCGGCCGCUCCGGCCGAACUGCUGA